UUUUCUUUCUUUCUUUUUUACUUCCAGCACCUUGGACAGCGUCUUUUCAGGUUCACACACCUACGACAAUAUGAAGAAAGCCAGGAGAUCAGUGAGCACGUCACAGUUGUUCUUUGUGGCUGUGUGUAGCGUGCUGUGCUGCAGGACACUUUCAGCGCUCCCAGCCAUCAGCACAUACUCUGCCAUCAGGUCAGGGAGUCUGAACAAUGACGGUGAUGGCACAUGGGCGAACGAGCCCUCUCAGGAUCUGGAAGUGUAUAAGCUUCUGUAUGAAAUUGCAAACACAGUGGAAAGACCACCACGACAUGCUGAUGGCCUUUUUACCAGUGGAUACAGUAAACUCCUUGGACAACUUUCAGCCAAAGAAUACCUUGAAUCCUUACUUGCCAAGCGUGUCAGCGAUGAGUUGAGCGCAGACGACCUACGCAUGAAACGUCACUCGGAUGCCGUGUUUACAGACAACUACAGCCGAUAUCGCAAGCAGAUGGCGGCCAAGAAGUACCUGAACUCAGUCUUAGCAGGAAAGAGAAGCCCAGAAGAUGCAUUAGCACUGUCUAACCAGUCCAAAAGCACCGACUCUUCCUUACCUCAAAGCUAUGAGGAUGAGGUGGAUCAGCUCCUCCAGCAGCUUCCGCUCUAAACUUACAGUCAAACUGUGUGCAAGAAGGUCUGACUCACCACUAAUCCACUAACACUGGUAUUUGCUUGAUUAACACUGCUUUCGCUUCAUUUUCAUCACUCUGUUUCUGUGUUACUGUAAAGGAACCUUUCCACUAUUCAUCAUCUGUAAAUCUAAAGAAAGAGCUUUAAUGAUAUUCCAGCGCUCAAACAUCAGACAUGUUCUUGUCCUUGUGGUUCAUUACAUUUGAUCAUAAUUUCUGCAACAAGUCACCAUUAAACUGAAAUGCAAUCUCUGUUGCUGCUUUCUUUCUUUUUCUCCCCCCAGAACAUCUAGAUGACGAUGGCGAUAUUUAAUCUGGCACUUUUAAAUAUUGGACCUAUAAUCCGGUUACUGUAAAGCAAACAAAACACCUUGUAUUGACAUGUUGUGUGGCAAAGAUCAUUACUGUUGUGUCUGUUCAUCAAAGAGCUAUAUUUAACUUUAUUUUUAAGAUUGCUGAAAUUGUGUGUCUGAAAUUGUAAUGUAUCAAAAUG